AUGGCCACCACCAGCACUACGGGCUCCACCCUGCUGCAGCCCCUAAGCAACGCCGUGCAGCUGCCCAUCGACCAGGUCAACUUUGUAGUGUGCCAACUCUUUGCCUUGUUAGCAGCCAUUUGGUUUCGAACUUAUCUACAUUCAAGCAAAACUAGCUCUUUUAUAAGACAUAUAGUUGCUACCCUUUUGGGCCUUUAUCUUGCACUUUUUUGCUUUGGAUGGUAUGCCUUACAUUUUCUUGUGCAAAGUGGGAUUUCCUACUGCAUCAUGAUCAUAAUAGGAGUGGAGAGCAUGCACAAAUACUGUUUUGUGUUUGCUUUGGGAUACCUCACAGUGUGCCAAAUCACUAGAGUCUAUAUCUUUGAUUAUGGACAAUAUUCUGCUGAUUUUUCAGGCCCGAUGAUGAUCAUCACUCAGAAGAUCACCAGUUUGGCUUAUGAAAUUCAUGAUGGGAUGGUUCGAAAGGAUGAAGAACUGACUCCAUCACAGAGGGGCUUGGCUGUAAGGCGCAUGCCAAGCCUCCUGGAGUAUGUAAGUUACAACUGUAACUUCAUGGGCAUCCUGGCGGGCCCACUCUGCUCUUACAAAGACUACAUUACUUUCAUUGAAGGCAGGUCGUACCACAUGACACAGUCAGGUGAAAACGGAAAAGAAGAGGUGCAGUAUGAGAGAACAGAGCCAUCUCCAAACGAAUCCGUGGUUCAGAAACUCCUGGUGUGUGGGCUCUCCUUGCUCGUUCACUUGACCAUCUCCAACAUGUUGCCUGUGGAGUACAACAUUGACGAGCGCUUUCAAGCCACAGCUUCAUGGCCAACCAAGAUUACCUAUCUGUACAUGUCUCUACUGGCUGCCAGACCUAAAUACUAUUUUGCAUGGACCUUAGCUGAUGCUAUUAACAAUGCUGCAGGCUUUGGUUUCAGAGGAUAUGACAGAAAUGGAGCAGCUCAUUGGGACUUGAUUUCCAAUUUGAGAAUUCAGCAAAUAGAGAUGUCAACAAGUUUCAAGAUGUUUCUUGAUAAUUGGAAUAUCCAGACAGCUCUUUGGCUCAAAAGGGUGUGUUAUGAACGGGCCUCCAUCAGUCCAACCAUCCAGACUUUCUUUCUCUCUGCCAUUUGGCAUGGGGUAUACCCAGGAUACUAUCUGACCUUUUUAACAGGGGUAUUGAUGACAUUAGCAGCACGAGCUAUGAGAAACAACUUUAGACAUUAUUUCCUCAAAACUCCCCAACUUAAAUUAUUUUAUGACAUCAUAACAUGGGCAGUAACUCAAAUAGCAAUAAGUUAUACAGUUGUGCCAUUUGUGCUUCUUUCUAUAAAACCAUCAUUCACGUUUUACAGCUCCUGGUAUUACUGCCUUCACGUCUGUAGUAUCUUAGUAUUAUGGUUGUUGCCAGUGAAAAAGACUCAAAGAGGAAAGAAUAUACAUGAAAACCAUCAGCUCUCACAGUCCAGAAAGGUUGACGAAAGAGAAAAUUCUUUGGGAGAGGACAGUUUCUCCACAAGAAACAGCAUUUGCAAUCAGAACCAAGAAAAAGCCUCUAGACCAUCUUCAUCAAGGCAGUGAUGGGGAGGCCUUCCUGCUGACUGCCUUUCUUGUGUUGACAGAAACCAGUCUUAGCACCUUCGCAAGGGGUUUGUGUUUGUUUGAAAAGAGAUUAACGGGGGAAAUGGGACAGCUAUAGGUAGGGAAUUUCCUGUAAACCAGAUUGGAAACGGAAAGAAGCAGCCCUCCCAUGCCAUGUCCCUGUGGGCCACGCCUUACAUAAAAAUAUUUUCAUAUUUCAUGGGGCAUUCCGACCUCAGCAUAUGUCCACAAGGUCAUAUGUGUGCCCUGUUGCCGAAUGUAU